AGGGACCUGACCUCCCUGAGGCUCGUUAUAUUAAGAGUGCCUCGGGACGCUUGUUAGUUGUAGUACCAGUUGGUCCCUGGCAGGAUGGCUCCGACUACACUCCCAUUCUUCUGCGAUUUAUGUGUCUGGGGUCCUGUGUAGGUAUUAAUCAAAGACCCAUUGCCAUCAUUCUCACCCUUGAGAACAGCUCUGGAAAAGAAUGUGGAAGGAAGGUCAUCGAUGUAAAAGUGUGUGCUUGUCCUACUCAAGAUUUGAAAACUGACGAGCAAGCUAUAUUGUACAAAGGUGGUAAACGGAAAGCCUCAGUCUUGCAACAGGAAAAAGUACCACUUGUGACCAGGAAGAAACCUAGGGCAGUCGACCCCAAAACUGAGCCACAAGAAGAAGAUAAGAUGUUUUCAAUUCCUGUACGUGGCCGGAAACUGUACAACUUCCUCAUGGAUAUGAAGGCUGUAUACUACUUCAACCAUCCAGAAUAUGCUGCAAAAUACCAUGAUGACGAUAUUAGGAGUUCAACAAUAGAGAUGUGUGGAGAAAAACAGAAGGAAAUAUGCGAUGACAACUGCAACAUAGAGGAGGUUGAGAUGAACCCCUGGGACUCUGAUGGGUAUUCUCCGCACUGCCUUGUAUAUGAUGAUACUCACAGUGAUUCAUUUAAUUUGUCAA